GAUGCAAUAUGUUUAUUACUAAACCUGCCAAUGAUAAUCUAGAAAUUAUCGAUAAUUAAAACGAGAUAGGUAUUAAUUAACGUGAUUUAAUUAUAUUACAUUAAGCAGUCAAAAAAUUUUUUAACAGCAUAAUAAAUACUGUUGAGAAUACAACGUACAAAUUAUGUGGCUGUUCAACCAUUUAAAUAAAUAAAAUGCAUCGAGUUGAAAGCAAAUCUCAGCUAUAUAACAGUGAUAAUCUAUUCAAUCAUAAAACUUCAAAUCGUUUAACUUUAAUAUAUCUACUUGCUACAUGACACACAUCAUCCAGUUUCAAUUGCAAUCAUCACUUAAGCUUCGUUAACGUGCUUCCAUCGCAUCAUGUUGCAAACUCACAUAUGCAUCCUAUAAAGUUCUCGCUGGAGUUUACCCGGAUAUCCGGGUACUUGGAAUAUAUUUUUUUUAAUUAUCCAAUAUUACAGUUUGAUGAGAGACAAAAAUAAAUUGAAUUUAAUUUUAAAAACAAUGUAUAUUUAUGAUACGUAAUUCGUCUCAUUUCAAAUAUUAUAACAAAACCCAUAAUCCUUGUAAAAGUAAUAAUGAUAAAAUUUGAAAAAUUUCUAAUAGAAUUCUCUUACAUCUUUUGUAAAUAAUAGAAAAUUAUAAUUCUACGAUCUUUGUAAGAGUUAAUUAUACUUGGAUAUAUUCCAACUACUUAAUCUCAAUUAAAUGGCUAUAACAAUACAUUUCGACAAUAAUAAAGUAUUUCGAAUCCUGAUCGACAAUUUACGAUUCAUUAAUACGUGCCCCUUAGAUGCAUGACCAUAAGAAAAACAGUCGUUACAAUUAUCCUUGGUCAUUUUUGUCGUUGGGCGUCUUGAUUAAAACCGGCAAGAAAUUGCUAUUAUGGAUGCCUGACAGACGGUGCACCGCUGCUUUCAUCCCCCUCCCCUUCCUCCUCUGCCACCUAUCUGUAUCUUUCAUGUGCCCCUCGUCGUCCAAUUCGUAAUGUUCGUAGAUGUCGAGGGCACUGGGCGAUGUCCUUUUUGCAGACAAUCUUCAGGGUUUAAUUAAGGAACUUGGGCAAGCGGAUAAACUCGAUGAAUGGGGCAAGCGAGUUGGCGUCGAGGGUGCGACAGACGGAGAAGGUACGGGGGGGAGUGGUAGGUUGCAAAAGCAAUUGGAGAGAGAAAGAGAGAGAGAAAGAGAGAUAAAGAGGGGCCAGGGUAAAAGAAAGGAAGAGUCAAACGUUCCCGAAUGGUCUGGAAAUGUGGAAGUAUUCCGCCCGUUCCUAUGUGAUACUCGUUGAUUCAAAAGUGAGGAGAGGUUUAGUGAGUUUAAUGAUUGGAGAAAUAUUUUUUGGAUAGAUAGUUUGAAUGUGUGAUUGUUUACAAGUUACCUUAUAUCAAUUACUGAUAUAGAUAAUUUUUUAAUUACGAUAAAAUGAUUCAUAUAAAUUGGAAAAUUACUAGUUUAGAUAAUCAAAUAUCUGUAAAAUUAAUAGUUUUUGAUUACAAGUGAUUUUUUUUUUUUUUUAUAAACAACUAUUAAUCAGAAAUUCUAUUUAAAGAUCAAAAGAGAAAAAUAAUUUUCCUAGAGAAAAUUGUGAAUAAAAUAUGACCAAACUCGACAAACUUCUCUUUCAUUUUUAAAUCUUUCUCGUUAAAACAAAAAAAAAAAAAAGAAAAGGGAGGAAAAUACUUACUCAAGAAAAAUGUUUCUCUCACCCAUUCUUCUUCGACAUUCCCCUACUUCUGAAACAUCCUCUAACUCGAUACACCACACGGCGCAAAAGUACUCUGCCAGAGGCAGAGUCCGUGCACAUACACGCGUCCGCCGAGGUUCACGGUGUUUCUUCUUGUGUACUCGGCUUGAAGAGAGCCGGCUACCAUCCCCGGCCCGGUUGUUAGGGCGCGGAAAACAAAUACGCACGACUCUGUCCGCAAAAGAGAGCGAGAAACGAGAGGACUCGAAUCGUCGCCGUUGACGGGGCGAGUACGGGGCGCUGGUACAGAGGGCGGUAGUGAGAAACAUUGGGCGAGAGAAAGGAGGGGGAAGGAGGAGGAAAGAAGGAAAGAAAGAAAGGAUGGAAGGAAGGAAGGAAGGAAGGAAGGAAGGGGAGAAAGAGAGAAAUUCAACACGUGCCGUCCUCCUCUCCGCGUUAGCUCUUUCCUAUUCUUCUGCCUCGACCAAAAGCUCCUCGAACUUCCAAGCGUUGCACUCGCGUAACCCCUCAAGUGUUCGUUUCUUUUUCUUCCCAUUCCCCCCACCACUUGACUCUGCGAGCUCGGUCGCGAGUCACAAGGAAUUGCUGUCGGUCGGUUGAGGGGGGCGAGUAUUUGCGUUGGGUAAAAUCGACAGUUUCCUCUCGUUCCUUUUCUUUUUUCUUUUUCUUUUUUUUUUUUGAUCUUUAGUUACAAUGGAUUAGAGGCUCGUCGAGAGGGCGGUAGCUGCCCUGUCGAGUGGCGAGUGCCUUGAACGAUUCCGUUGAACGUAAGCGCGUCGGGUAUACGCGUGCCCCCGAUGAUUUAAAGUGCCGCUAUCCGGAAGCUUAAUGACGUCUCGUUGCUUAAUGACGACCACGGGCGCGCCUUUGAUCUGCUUACGCGGAGAAAAGGCGUUCGGUUUGCCGGUAAUUGUUUUGGGUAAACUGAAUGCGAUGCUUUGAUGCAGGCCUCGACUACGCGGCCGCCGAUUCAGAGCUCGCGUCCCUGUUAAUGAGGCAAAUCCAGCCGGCGAGUUUUCGCUUUCUGGGCCCUUUAACCGGGGCCCCUUGUCUACAGGAAUCGGGGCGACAUUGUUUGGAGGCGACGAUAAUGACUGGGAGAGGUUUUUCGAUUCUUUUGUCUUGAUUUUUUUUUUUCUUUUUUUCUCCCUCUUCACGAUGAUGAGUACUGUUUAAAAUUUUUUAUAUUUAGAUUUAGAUCCAGUUACGAGGGGAUAAAAUGGUUUGAUCUUCAAUCUUUCGUUCCUCUUUAAUUCUUGUAUAGAUAUAAAAAAAAAGGAAAAAGUAAUUUUUUGGAAUCCAUGUUGAAUUAUCCAUUUGCUAAUGGUAAUAGUAAGAAAAUUCAAUAACUAGUUGUAAUAAUAUAAAAUCUUUGAUCCGUGAUAAAUUUGUUUAUACGAAUAUGUUUGUCUCUGUACAAAGAAAAAAAAUAAAUUACCCGUCGUUAAAUUUAUCCAUAUUUUGAUUUCAUUCGUUUCAUUUGCCUCCUUUUUCAUUCGUCUAUAGCUUUUCAAAAUAUAUUUUCAAAUACACGUUUCAAGUAUAUUUUCACGCAAUCGUUUUCAACCGCACCGUUUCGAUAUAAUUGUCCGCGAUGCGCCGAGACAAAUCGUCACAGGUGUGACGAAUAUUUUUGCGCAUUUAUACGCGCAAUUUUUACCAUGUUGUAAAUAGCGUUUUGGCGUUGGAUCGCUUUGAUAAAUACCGCCGAGCAUUUCGAAUGUUUGCGAAGAACAAUUUUCAACAAACGUUCGAUAACAAGCAAACAUUCAUUCGCUAAGAAGCGUUAUUAUUAUUGUUUGUCAUUACAACACUUUCACCAAUCGUCCAUCUCCUCAAUUAUUAGGUAAUCAAUUAAUUUAAUCGGGCAACGAGUUUUAUACGCGGAAAUUGCCCGAUUCGCAAGAUAGCAAUAUUUGAAUUAUGAAUCAGGCGGUAUAAAAUCCUGAGAGAUCGAGAAAACAUAUAAAAUGACGAAAUAUCUGUUUAAAUAAUACAUUACUUUAUUUGACGAUCAAGUAAUUUUCCGUUUACUUGAAUGAGUAAAUAAUUUUUGUUAAAAUUAUUAUUUAAAUAUUAUUUAAUUGCGUGACAAAUUAUAGAUUUAUCAUCAAUAUCCAAUAAAUAAUGUAUAAAGCCGUAAGAAAGUUAAAAGAUUAUUUUAUUUGAACGACGUAAUUGAAACGUAGAAUUAUCUAUUUUAUCUUAUCACAAAAUAAAUUUACUCUUCCGCUUUUAUUAUUUAUAAACUAUAAAAGAUAAUAAAAUCGUAUAAACAAUUUAUUCCUUAUAAUUCUUAUUUUUCAUCUAUAUCCCAAAUGAAACACGGCCAACUCUGUGCAAACUGUAGUUUAACGCGAUUUCGAAAUAUUGUUUGUAUUUUAUCCGUGUUUCGGCUGGCGAAAAACGACAUUUAAUAUCGGCUCACAGGGAACCGUGGGUAUUUCUAAUAUCAAGAUACAAGAGUUAUAUGUGCGACAGUUCGAAGGGCGUCGGUAAACAUACAUAUUUUUACGGAUCUAUCUUCAUAUCGGAAUUGCACGAGGACCGAGCAAAUACUGGUGGUUCACUGUUAUGACGUGUAUUAAUCGACCAAGAUAAAUAUUGCUCUCCCUUACGUUGUUUUUUCCCGUCGUCGAUUUUCUCGAAAUCCCAUGAAUAGUAUAUUUUUUUUAAACGCUCGCUGAAUCCACCAAUUUGAUUUUUUUUCCAACGGAUUUUCAACGCUGGCUUUUUUUUUUAAUCUAUAUAUAUAUUGAUAUUUUUUCGAAAGAUAACGCGACGUAAUCUAUUAAACUUGAAAGAUAAACGAUUAUUAAAAUUGCACGAUUCAAUUUUUAUAUUUGAUUUUGUCACACAUUUGUUAACAAAAUUGCUGCUUCAGAUUUGGAUUAAUAAAAAAUUAAUAAACUCGUGUAAAUAGUUUGAGUUUCUUCAGCUUCGAAAUUUUUUUUCAUAAUCCAUCAUAUUAAGAGUAAAAGUGAGAUUCGAGCAAAUUAUUCAAAUUACGUAACAAAUUCUGCACAAGAUGGGAAAAAAGGUCAAAGAUCAAACGAGUCAGCAGCUCAUCUCUCCCUUUCUACUCUCGACGAGCCUCGUCAUGCUUGUUCAUUGAAUCCGUCCAAUUCGAUCGACUUUGAUCGCGCGCCACUCGACGUUUCGAGGGUGGUUAAGUGACCAGCCUAGGAACGACGCUAGUCAAAUCCACUUAAGAAGAGAACAACGAGAAAUUGCUUGGAUGCAAUGCUUUGCAACCUGCGAUGUCCACCGUGAAAAAAGGAUUACUCGUGGGCCACGAUCUGUCUCGAACAUUUCUCUACGUCUGCGGCGGGGUCCGGGGGCUAAUGUGCAAGACGCCAGUGGUUAUUCAGCCCUUCAUCAUGCAGCUUUGAACGGACACAAGGAGGUGGUAAAGUUAUUGCUCCAAUAUGAGGCUUCCACUAACGUCGUCGACGCUAAAGGCUCUUCUCCGCUUCAUUUGGCAGCUUGGGCGGGCGACGCUGAAAUCGUGCGGUUAAUUCUUACCCAAGGACCCUCGGUACCUAAAGUGAAUCUUACGACGAAGGACAACGAAACAGCGUUGCACUGUGCGGCACAGUAUGGGCACACGGAAGUGGUGGCACAGCUGCUGCAAUACGGAUGCGACCCCAGCAUCCGCAACAGCCGGGGAGAAUCCGCGCUGGAUCUCGCCGCACAAUAUGGCAGGUUGGAAACCGUGCAAUUGCUCGUUAGCACGUAUCCAGAACUGAUCGUGCCCCUCCGGAAUUCUUCCUCGUCGGUGAUUUUUCCUCACACACCGCUGCAUCUGGCUUCGCGAAAUGGUCAUAGAGCUGUGGUGGAGGUGUUGCUGGCGGCGGGCGUCGACGUGAACACGAGGACGUCCGCGGGGACCGCGAUGCACGAGGCGGCGCUCUGCGGGAAGAUGGAAGUGGUGCGGGCACUCCUGGACAGAGGGGUCGACCUGGGCAUCCGGGACUCGCGACAGAACACGGUGCUCGAUCUUCUGGGACAGUUCCCGCCGCACGUCACUCAGGACAUCACCGCGGUGAUAAAAAGGCACAGAUCUUCCUCUGGCGUGGAGAGCGAUGCCGACAGCGAGAACUUGCCACCGAUUCCGGUCCAAGGGAACGAUUCAUUGGGCAGCCCUUACGAGAACGUUCGCCCAGGGGAUGAUCUCUCCCCGGCGGAAGGGACAUCGCCCACUCAAUGGCAAUUCUAUCACAAGCCUCGGGACGAUGAUCGCCGUGUUUCCGGCACUUCCGUUAUGUCUUUUGAAGACGAGCAGAAUGGGGGACCAGUGAACGGUGUACGGAGGACCCUCCAGCAGACAGAGGACUCCGACCCCAGUUCAGUCUUCGACAGCGUCUUUAUGUCUAUGUCCGACACUCUGAACUCGAUAAAUACACUCGAAAGUUCCGAUCAGACUCCCGACGACAAACCACAAAACACUACCACCGACAGAAUACCAUUAACACAGCGUGACACCACACGGGGUUCCGACAGCGGAUUGUACCAAACGCCACCGGUACCUCGUGGAACAAUGGAGGGUAGCUUCGUGUCGGAGGAUCUGUCCUUGACAUUACCCACGGGAUACGGGGGUGGCAGGGAGUCGGACCAAUUGAGCGUUUCCUCGUCCUCGAGCGUCGGUGGACCGAGCCCGCGGGACCGGCGUUGUUUGCCCAACGAUUCCAGCGCCGCCGGGAUUUACUUGCCAAUGGCACCCUUGUCCAGUUCUCUUCACAGCCCCGCCUCCAACAGUAAAGUCUCGCCAACACCACCAAAAAAACCACCGAGGCGCAACUUGUCUGUCUCACCAACGCAUCUACAGACCCAAAUGUCCUUAUCAGCGGAUUGCACUUUGGGCCCUAGCAAUUACGAAUAUCUGUUCAUGGCGCGCAGCGGUGCUCGUAGUCAUAUUGACUUGGAACAAUUGCAGAAACGUCGUGAACAAUUGCGUCACGUAACCAGAAGUGUGGACCAAUAUGUAGAGAUGAAGUCUCGCGUGCCGGAUGGCGAGGAAAGACGUGAAACCAAUGUGGAACCAGUCGCCAUCACUUCCAUCUACGAGAACAGACCGAUCAAGACAUUGAAUCCUCGACGAAAAUUACGUAGACACGCGUUUGAGAAUUAUGAGCAAGAGAGUAGCCCAUGCGUAGACAAAUCACCGUGCAGCGAGACCGAUUCAUUCGUCCAGGAACCAGUAUUCGUGUCAAACGCGUUCCUGACACUCAAGUCUUCCCAGGAGAGUCUUUUGGACGACAAGCGCGAUGCCAUUGACGAACAUUGUACACCGGAUGGCCGCGAGGCAACUGACAAACGCUUGAAACGAGUACAAAUGAUGCUGCCCACCAGUCCCACACAUUAUGCUCAACCUCCGACGCCUGAUCAUCCACCACCUUCUGCUAUGCAAGCUGAGAAAUCCAUUCAUGAAAGGAUUCGUCCUUUGAGUCAGGUAUACAAACGGCGGUCACGCGACAUGGAAACGGAAACCGACGAGGAUUUAUUGCAGUUUCCGGCCAGCGGCUCUCUGGACGCCAGCAGUGGAUCGUUAUCGAGCGUGUCUCUGUCCGACAAGAGCAUGUCAACGGACAACGUGGAGGAAUACUUCGGGGAUGUGCCGUUCGCAGGUUUGUUGAAAGGGUCUGUUACGGCUGAGCGACCGCGCACCCUGCGUCGGCUGCGUAACGUUUACGGGCCAUCCGCAUGCGGAAUGGGAACCGGAGGUGAUGGCGGAGGCGGAGAACGUCUCGAGGACGGAGAGGUGUCGUUCAGGUUGUCGGAUCGGGAUCGCGAAAGGGACGAGAAGUCCCUUAGCAUAAUGAGCCCUUUCGACGAGCAGGAGGAAUGGGCCAAGAUCUCAGAGAUCAUGGCGUCGAUCGGCACGGGCCUCGUCAGGGAGUCGGUCUUCGUCACGGAGUUGGAGAAGGAGUUCCAGACGAGACUAGGCUUGAGCUCGGACACCAGUAGCAGCCCUAUUGUCUCCACUUCCGUUGGCCAGUGGCUGUCGACGCUGGGCCUGGCCGAUUACGAGACCCUCUUCAUCAACUACGGAUUCGACGACCUGGAUUUCAUAAACGGGGUUUUGGACGAGACCGAUCUGAAAGAUAUGGAGAUCAGCAGCGAUCAAGAGCGGGCCGUAAUAAUGGACGCGGUCGGUUUAUUGAACAAACGGUUGGACAAACGAUCCAACGUUCAAUCGGUGGACGAGUGGUUGAAAAGUAUUCAUUUGGAAAAUUACGCGGAAACCUUCAAAAAGCACUUGUACACGGAUAUGGAGCGCGUGAGGUGCGUGUGGGAGGUCGAAUUGGCGACCGUACUCGAGAUCCAGAAGCCGGCGCACCGUAAGAGGAUCCUCGCGUCUGUCAGCGGAUCGAGCGCGCGUGCGCAGAAUCGUAACUGCGCCGGGCCCAACUUGGAGGAUCUCAAUAAGGAUUUGAACACCUUGAAGUCGAAUAUACAGCAGCUGAAGGAGGAGAUACGGGAGAAGCUGCCGGAAACAACGACGGAGGGUAAUGGCGGUACGUCGAUAACCGGAACGAAUUCGACCGGCACGAGCACAUUAAGGCAUCGCAAAAACAGGCCGGCUCCGCAGCCACCCCAACGACCCAGUUCGCAUAAUGGGGCGAUCUCGGCACCGGAACAACUCGAGAUCAGGGCACCAUCAGAGUUGCUGCUCGGUGUCCCGUCCACCCUCAAGACGCAAUGGAGGCACCAGCCAAAAGCUCUAGUCACCGGCUGCGUCACGUACGUCGCCAACUAUCUAGGUUCCACCGUGGUAAAGGAGUUACGCGGUACUGAGUCAACAAAGAAAUCGAUACAAAAACUGAAGAAAACUUGCCGCGAACCUAGAGUCAUCCCUGACAUCACUUUGGCGAUUUCUUAUCGUGGCGUUCGAUUCCUCAACACAGUGACUAAUGAGCCGAUUUGCGAGCACGAAAUUCGCAACAUUCACUGCGCCUGUCAGGAUGCCGACGAUCUCACGCAUUUUGCAUAUAUUACUAAGGACCACGCCAGCCGUACGCAUUUCUGCCAUGUAUUUUGCGUACCAACAAUGGACCAAGCAACGGAGGUGAUCCUAACCUUAGGUCAGGCGUUUGAAGUAGCUUAUCAGAUGGCGCUGCGGGACAAACUUGGCAGUCAUACAGUGCGAUCGCAAUCGGCUAACCAACUCGCAACUUUUUCAAAAUCAGUUGUAUCCACUAAAAUACCAAUUUCGCCAGAUUCCGCGCUCGACACUGCUCGUGAAACACUUGAUCAAUCUGCAACCCCUAUUCCUAUCGUGAACUCGAUGAACCCAAAGCCGAAACCUCGUUCCAAAUCGUCCAUUCCUAAUCCUGUAAUGCAAUCCACGGCGACCAAUCAAAUGCAAGAUACAAAUUCUAACUCGAGUUCCCUCUCAAGCGGUACCGUGAACUGUAGUUCGAGUUCGAACUCCGCGACUAGUCCUAGUACGAAUUCUGUGAGCAGCUCAAAUUCGAAUACAAGCACUAAUCAGACAGCGAAACCGCUUAUUACGCAUGGUAGGUCCCAUUCCGUGAAUGAUAUUAAAGUGAACGGCAACCAAUUGAAGUUGGCUCCAGCACCAGUUGAUGACAUCGGAAUCGGUGUGAAGGAUAUGAAACCUGGUUCUAGAGCACCCAUCGCUCUGUCUGAAGAAUUGUAGAAAAUCUGUGAUCCAUUGUUCUUUUGGAUCUUGAUUAUCGUUUGUUUGAGAAGUUAGGUUUCAAAAACGCUUGACGAUCUUUGCUUUGAUCGUUGACAAACUCGCGCGAAUAGGCAAGGCUCUCGCUUUUCCUUUGUGAACUUUUAGAGGUUAUGAUAUUGAUAUGAAUAUUUGAAGGAAAUAUGACAAGUGCUUGUUUGACAAGUGUACUGUUUGAAAACUAUUGGUGCAAUGUUGAAAAUAUUGUGAAACAAUUGUUCUUCAGGGAAAAAGUUUGGAAAUUCGUAAUUGUGAGGUUAAAAGAAGUAUAUAUCCAAUCGUACAAAUUGAUCCUUGUAUCAGAACAUCAGUCGAAUUUUUUAUAAAAUAAUAUUAUAAAAUCUAAUUGAGACUUUAAUGUUGGGAUGAGAAGUUGUAUUGAAUGAAACACGCGAAAUAAGGGAUCGCGCAAAGCAUUUGUGGUUUUUAUCUCUUGAAAUUUUAUAGUACUAUUCUAAACAAACAUAGUUGUGACAGUUUGAAUGGUUAUUUUAUUUUGAAAUGAAUGGUACAAGGUUUGAUAACAACUCAGGUAAGUGAAAGACAAAUCCAAUCAUUUUGCCAAAUUCUUGAUCAGCUAUGAAACGGUGACACUGUGAUUUUCUACAUCGAGGGCAUUAAUAAAUCGACAAAACUCAUUUAAAAGACAAUUAUGUGCUCAUUCUUUACACAUUAUAUUCAUGUUUGUGCAACGAGAAAAUGAAAAAGAAAAGAUAUUAACAAUAAUAAAAUAGAAAAACAACGAAGUUUGAAAAUUCCCGUUUCACUAUAUCUCGUUAGGCGAAUCGUGAUUAUUGUGAACAGUAUUAUUUGAUGAAAAUGACUCUUUAUGAAAUAAAAUUACAUUCGAUGUUUUAUCAAUAAGAAAGAGCGUGACUAACGUUACAUCGACGUUUCGCCUAAAAUAAUUUUAAAAUACUUUAAAAAAGAAAAAAAAAAUUAAUGAAAUGACACGAUUUUUUUUCGAAAGAUUCAAGUUUUCCAUUGCAUAUACAUUUAUAAUUUAAUAUUGCAUUUAAAAUGGCACAUAUACACAUACAAACAUUCCCAUAAAAGAACAUACAGGUGAGUUGAUAAAUUUGCGAAUGCUCAAUUUUGAUCGCGUGCAAUCAAUUAAAAAAAGAAAUGAAUUGACUGAUGAGAUUUAGAGGCUGAAUCAUUUUUUCUUUGAACCGUGGAUGGCUUAAUACCACGAUCGAUUCAUUUUUCCAUAAUAUCAUUAUCCCUCGUUUGAUUCGUUACUGUUUUUUCGACAUUUUUAUCUCCCAAGACUGAUGGUCCUUAUUUCGUUUUAUAUUUUUCACAUGUUCGGUAUUUAUGUAUAUUAUAUGUAUAUAAUAUACAUAAUGUAUGCAUAUGCAUGUACACAAAAAUUGCACGUAUUGAUUAUUGUAAAAUAAAAAAAAAAAAAACGAAAAAAAGAAAGAAAGGAUCGGAUAGAAAAGUUUUGAAUUAAUGAGUUUAUCAUAUACUAAUUUGACGAACCUCGCGAUUAGAAAACGAAUAUUAUUACUAUAAAACAGUACCAAAUAUUUAUCUACUGUAUAUUUAAGUACUCGUGGGAAUCUUAGAGAAAAAUUUUGUCUUUAAUAUAAGUUGAUUUCUAACGUGACGAUAUUAAAGAACGAAUUAAAAUAAUUCUAUAGUGUAGCUGGCUCGGGGCUUAAAUAUUAAAAUUUAUUCUGAAUUGACAAAAUCUGUCAUAAUAGAAUAUUAUUACUAAUUAAACAUAUAGUAUUUUUUUUUUUUGGUAAUUGGUAACUGUUUGGUAACUUUCUAUAUAGAGCAGGCCUAAAAGACCUUGUAUGUAGUUGUUGAAUCAUAGAAAUAAAUGAGAGCAUGUGUUCGCCAAUCACGAACCGUUUCGAAAAAUGGGGAAAAUAACGUGCGCGAGCUCAAGAAAUUCGUCAAGAUGUCAGUUGAGCAAUGGCGUCCUGGAGUGUACACAACGCGUAGAUUUCGUAGUGAAACCAAAGAUUGCAUUGUAUAUAAAGAAGGCGAUAUUAAUCUCGAUAUUAACGUAGAAAGCAGGGGGAAGAUGAAAUGAAGAAUCCAUUUCGAAAGUGAUACAGGAGUGAGAGAUAUUAGGAGUGGAACAUGAGAAACUGCCAAAUAACACACCAUCAUUACCAAGUACAUAUACGCACACUUUGUAUUUAUCACGUUUAAAAUUAUAGAUAGCGCUAUUCAUACGUAUAUAUAAAAUUAAGUGUUAAAAUGUUGCGGCAAAGACGAAAUUCGUGAACGACAUGAUACAGUCAUUUUAAAGUAUGAUUCGUCGUAUAUAAUCCAUAUUUCGUGAGCUCGUAUUUGCGAAUUAUAGUGCAGCUAUUGUAGGUUUGUAGAAAUUCAAAGUAGAGCAUGCUUCUUCGAUGUGUGUCGAUAAAUUCGAGAAAAUGGCGGAAAGAAUCGAGAAGUGUUGUCGGAUCGAUAUAGAAUCGAUUAAAGGGGUUAUUCGUGUUGGCUUUGAUGUUUCGUAAUGGCAUUGGGUUUUCGAAAAGCGUGUUCGACUAAAAUGAAAAGUGAGUUCGAUAGAAGAUUGAUCUAUUUGGUUAUGUGUCUGGGAAAAAGUAUACCUAUAAUAUAUCGGAAAAGAGAAAAAGAUAUUAAAAGAUUCGAUAUUGAUAACGAGGAUUAUCAACGAUGGUGUAUUGUGUAAUGUUAAAUAAAUUACGAUAAAUUAUUAGCUUACGAAAACGUAGUAUUACAUUAGAAUAUAGUUGUGACAAAAUUUUGAUGCUGCGUAGUUUUUAGUCGAUCAAUAGUGUGUCUUUUCUCGACCAAGUUUCGACGUUUAUGGUUAUGAAACGUACUACUACGUAUUUCGAACAUUUUGAGAAAGAUAUAUAUUUGAAGAAAAACGUAUCAAAAUGUCCUUUCGUAGAUUUAUACUUUCGUAAGAUUUUUUCUUGCUUUUUAUUUUAUACAAAUUGCGUAGAGUGGUUCGUGUAAAGUAAUAUAGAGAAUUAUUUUUUAAGAUAUUUUACAUGGAAUUUUUUCUUUUUAAUCUAUAUAAAGAAACUAAAGUAGCUCUUGUAAAAUUUUGCAUAUACAAGUAGUCUUAUACUUCACUGUGCAUGCUCAAACGUUCGAUAUCGUAUUUGCCAAUGACAAGUGCUCUAAAACAUUUUAUUAUAUACAUUUACAUAAUAUAACAGUUAACAUAAUAACCAACGAGAAACGUUAAUUCAUUGCUUGCUUUACUUUAUACGAAUCACUUCAUACUUCAUACAAAAUUUUUCGCUAAAAGAUUUUCUUCAUCACUCGACUCGCGAUUCGAACAAUCAUUUCGUCCAUCAAUGAACAAUACAUUUUGCAUAUGAUGCAAUCUUUUAAGUGCCAACAAUGAAGCCCCAUUUAUAUAUCCAAUAAGCCUGAUAUCGAUCUAAUUUCGCGAUUUAGAGGUUAGAUCUUGUCAAGAAAUAAAGUCAGAAAAAAUCCGACGAACGUGCACAUGCGCAUAAAAGUGUACAUAACAUUACAUCGAACACUUGGUAGCUAUCUUGUUUUUUGCUAUAUUGUAAAUUAUCCACACGUGUUCAAAGGGGAAUAUAUACAUACAUAUUUCGUUCCGUUCUGAACACGAGCGCAAUAGAUAACUCGCACGAAAUAAUUUAUUUCUUUCUUGUGCAAAGGACGGAAAGAGGCAUCUACGAUAGCGUAAAGUUUUAAGUAUUUAUAUAUAUAAAUAUAAAAAAUAAAACAGUAGUAUAACUCUAAAAAUGAGUAAACGUUAGCUGCGUAAUACACUUGUACGAUUAUAUAUAGAUCGGAUGGCAAUGGGUUUUAUAAGACCGUAUAUGCCAAUCGCGCGAAAAAACUCAUUCACGGACCAAGAGAUGAUAAAACAAGAGAGAAAAAAAAAAAAAUCGGGAGAGAGAAAAAAAUGCAAAUGAUUAAAGAAAAGAAAGACGAUGAAUAAUAAAGUCGUAAACUAGUAUUCAAUGGAGAGAAGAAAAAAGAAAAAAUAUUAGAUACAGUGGUCGAGAGAGGAAUUUUUAGAUAGACACUCUUUCUCCUAAAAAUGACGAGGUACGACGAUCACAUUAUUCGUCGUGUCGAUUAUUUAGAUCGAAUUAAUAGGUAUCAGAUGUACGUGUACAUAGGUGUAUGGUAAAAUUAGAGCACGCUAUAGCGAUCACCGUGAAUCAGUUCAAUGAAUCAACGAUACCAAAGAGGCAAUAGAUAAAAUUUUCUUAAUUGUACAUUAGACGAUUAUGUGUGAUUAAAGUGACAUAUUGAUUAUUUCUUGUGAAUUUUUGUCUCCGAUGUUCGUUUCCAUUGAAUAACCUACGAAUCUUGGGAUCCUUAAAGAUUUAUAUAUGGGUUGGGUUUUUGUCGUUUAUGCAUUUCACGUUCGAAGUUCUUAGAUGUGAGUAACGUUUGGAAAACACGUUGUGAGAUUGUCGAGAUUAUAACACUCGAUAUUGUUAAGAAAUAGAAGUUAAAAUUGUUCGAAUAUUCGAUUCGAAUUUGAGGAUGAUUCCAUCAUGGAUUAGCAAUAAAAACGAUGCAAUAUAAAUAUUAAGGGAACGUGUAAAUAAUGAUUACCUAGUCAAUUAGUCUCCGUAGCAAAACAAAUGAUGUAAUCUAAUACUCAUUGAUGUUUUGUAAAUAAAACUAAUAAAAGUUUGCCCUUUAUUCGUAAA